AUGAAUUCCUACUUCACUAACCCUUCCUUAUCCUGCCACCUCGCCGGGGGCCAGGACGUCCUCCCCAACGUCGCCCUCAAUUCCACCGCCUAUGAUCCAGUGAGGCAUUUCUCGACCUAUGGAGCGGCUGUUGCCCAGAACCGGAUCUACUCGACUCCCUUUUAUUCGCCACAGGAGAAUGUCGUGUUCAGUUCCAGCCGGGGGCCGUAUGACUAUGGAUCUAAUUCCUUUUACCAGGAGAAAGACAUGCUCUCAAACUGCAGACAAAACACCUUAGGACAUAACACACAGACCUCAAUCGCUCAGGAUUUUAGUUCUGAGCAGGGCAGGACUGCGCCCCAGGACCAGAAAGCCAGUAUCCAGAUUUACCCCUGGAUGCAGCGAAUGAAUUCGCACAGUGGGGUCGGCUAUGGAGCGGACCGGAGGCGCGGUCGCCAGAUCUACUCGCGGUACCAGACCCUGGAACUGGAGAAGGAAUUUCACUUCAACCGCUAUCUAACGCGGCGCCGGCGCAUCGAGAUCGCCAACGCGCUGUGCCUGACCGAGCGACAGAUCAAAAUCUGGUUCCAGAACCGCCGGAUGAAGUGGAAAAAGGAAUCUAAUCUUACGUCCACGCUCUCAGGGGGCGGCGGAGGAGCCGCGGCCGACAGCCUGGGCGGAAAAGAGGAAAAGCGGGAAGAGACAGAAGAGGAGAAGCAGAAAGAGUGA